AUCUCUCAUCCUAAACCUGCUCCAGUCCCCUGAUCUCGGCAUCAACAUGACCCUGCGCACACAUUUACUGCUGGCAGCUACUGCAGUCUGCUGCUUCACAGCAUUGCUUGCAUUCCCAAUGGAUGGUUUUGCUACCAACAACAAGUGUCGCUGUAUAACCACAACUACAUCCAUAAUCCCACCUCGGCUCUUCAAAAGGAUUGAAAUUCUGCCUCAAGGUGCACACUGUCGACAAACCGAGAUUGUGAUUACCAAAAAGAACAACCAAAUAGUUUGUGUCGACCCUGAUGCUAAAUGGAUCAACAAUGUCUUGUCCAAAGUAAUGAAGAGCAAAAGAGCUGUGAAGGAAAGUAUCGAACCCACUGUGGCAUAAACAGACGCAGACAAGAGCAACCACAACAAAGACAUUUCACAUAUUUUCAGCUUUUGUUUUCCUGUAAAAUGUCAAAUGAAGUGUAUUGAGUGUUGCUGGGUGAUCUCAGUAUGCACUAACUAUGUCUGUGAAAUUGUUUUGAAAUAAAAACCUCACAACCAUCUUCC